AGUGCAGCGCAGGCAUGAUGCCAGCUGCUAGCACCAUGACUGGUGGACGAGCCCUGCUGCUCUGUACGAACACUGAAAACUGCAUCUACCAAACAGUCAACGGGCUCCAGUGCUGUGGCUUCCAGGUGAGAGACGCCCCAUUGUCUGUGGUGGCCCAGCCCCAGGAGGUGUGUGGGACAGCGGGUAACAGGGCGCAGAGUGACCCCUCUGUGCCUCCACAACGUCCCCUCUCCCCCCCAGUGAAACAAGGCCAGAGCCCACCUGACAGCAUGCUCACCCAAAGGAGAACCACCACCACCUCCACAGACCCACGCACCCCCAAUAUCGAAAAUGGCUUGUGUGGGACUAAGCUGAACAACAACAAAACCCCAGUGAAGUCUGCCAGUAUUCGGGAUAAGAUAUCUCAAUGGGAGGGAAAGAGGGAGCCAACUAUAGCUGGUUCAACAGAUCCGGAGUCAGUGAGGAAAAAGGACACAAAAAUAUCUGAAGUGCAAAGAUCAGAUAGUAAGAGGUUUGCUAGUUGGGAACGCCAAGACUCAGGGAAGGAAAAUUUUGGAAAACUAGACUCAAAAUCAAAAUCUACAGAAGGCAACAACAACAUGAUUCUAGAUAGACUCACAAAGCCAACAGAGCAACCUCAAGACAAGAAAAAUGUUUUAAUCCACGUGAAAAAGUUGGAAAAAGCUACAAAGGACUCGCCCGAUAGGCCCUCACUGGCAUUUCCAGGGAACUACUUUUGCUCCCCGUCAAAGGAGGAGCAGGAGGAGAGCGAAAAGAGGACUACGGAGCCCAUUUUUGGGACUUUUGAUGUGGUUCUGUCUGGUUCGAGGCGGAGGAGAGAUGCGGAGAAUGUGUAUAGUGAACCGGGAGCUCCUUCUAUAAACCCACUACCCAAACCUCAAAGGACCUUCCAGCACCACACGCCACCCACAAGCCCAGUGACGGGGCCCGGUGUGGGGAAGGGAAAGAGGACCCUACCCCCUCUGCCCUCCAUACCACCCCCACCUUUACCCUCCAGUCCUCCACCGGGGGUCUGCAGGAGGGUCUGGUCUGACAAACCACGAGACGCUAAUAACAGGAAGUCAUAUGAGUUUGAGGAUCUGCUGCAGUCUUCCUCAGAGGGGUGUAGAGUGGACUGGUACGCUCAGUCAAGACUCGGACUCACACGCACUUUAUCAGAAGAGAAUGUCUACGAGGACAUCAUAGAUCCUCCAUCCAAGGAGAAUCCUUAUGAAGAUAUAGAGGUGGAGAGAAGCUGUUUGGGAACCAAAUGUUACUCACCAAUGUCCUCCUCCCCUGUACCUGAUACGCCAACAAAGACAUCCAAACCCGGGUUCUUUCGUCAAACCUCUGAAAGGAGAAGCUUUAAACUCCUGGAGCUGCGUAAAAUCAACAGAGACACAGGGAACUGUGGGUCACCGUCCCGCAUCAGCCCUCCCUCCACUCCCAGCAGCCCUGAUGACACGCCCUGCCUCUCUGGAGACCCCUACAACCGCCGGCGCCGCAAAAUACCCAAGAUGGUGUUGAAAAUCAAUGCCAUAUUUGAGGCUAGGAGAGGAAAAAAGCGGAUGAAGAGGGUUUCUCAGUCGACAGAGUCCAGCUCAGGGCGAGUUACAGAUGAAAACAGUGAAUCAGAGAGUGACACAGAAGAAAAAUUAAAAGCUCAUAGUCAGCGGUUGGUGUCGGUCCAGUCCAUGCUGCGUCAGACGGGGAAAUACCGGACUCUGGAGCGAGACCUGAUGGAGCUACAGGAGAGGAAACUCUUUGAAUAUUUCAUCGUUGUAGCACUUCACAAAACCAAGGCUGGGGUCCCCUAUCUACCAGAGGUCACACAGCAGUUCCCUCUGAAGCUCGAGAGGAGUUUCAAGUUCAUGCGAGAGACAGAGGACCAGCUCAAAGUCAUCCCACAGUUCUGCUUUCCUGACGCCAAAGACUGGGCACCUGUUGACAACUUCCCCAGUGAGACAUUCUCAUUUGUGUUGACUGGUGAAGAUGGAAGUCGGAGGUUCGGUUAUUGCCGUAGACUACUGCCUAGUGGCAAAGGCAGGAGGCUCCCGGAGGUCUACUGCAUUGUGAGCCGCUUGGGGUGUUUUGACCUCUUCUCUAAGAUUCUGGAUGAGGUGGAGAAGCGGCGAGCUAUCUCUCCUGCCCUGGUGCAGCCCUUCAUGAGGGGCAUCAUGGAGGCCCCCUUCCCUGCUCCAGGACGAACCAUCACCGUCAAGAACUUCCUCCCUGGCUCUGGGACAGAGGUGAUAGAGCUGUGCAGGCCAUCCGAUUCCCGCCUGGAGCAUGUGGAUUUUGAGUGUCUGUUUUCCUCUUUGAGUCUGCGGCUCCUCCUCAAAGUGUUCGCGUCUCUGCUGCUGGAGCGCAGGGUCAUCUUCACUGCUGACAAACUCAGCACAUUGUCCCAGUGCUGUCAUGCAGUAGUGGCCCUCCUGUACCCUUUCACCUGGCAGCACACAUACAUCCCCGUCCUGCCCCCCUCCAUGUUGGACAUUGUGUGCACCCCUACCCCUUUUAUAGUGGGGCUUCUCUCUAGCUCACUGCCCCGACUCAAAGAGCUUCCCAUUGAAGAGGUCUUGGUGGUUGAUCUUGGCAACAGUCGCUUCUUACGACAGUUGGAUGAUGAGGACUCCAUUCUUCCACAUAAGUUGCAGGCUGCACUUGAACAUGUGCUGGACAAGAGGAAAGAGUUGGCUUGUGAUAAAGGAGACCUCCCUAAUGACUCCAGCUCCAUGAGUACAGUUGUAUCGGAGGCUUUUGUGCGUUUCUUUGUGGAGAUCGUGGGACACUAUUCUCUGUUCAUGGGUGGGACGGAGCGCGAGGAAGAGUCAGUGUCCUCCCCCUCCUCCUCCUCACCUUCUUCCUCUACUUUCCAACGUGAGCCCUUCCGGAAAGCUGUGACCUCCAAGAGUCUGAGGCGCUUCCUCGAGGUGUUCAUGGAGACACAGAUGUUUACUGGCUUCAUCCAGGAGAGGGAGCUGCGGCGUCAAGGUCUCAAAGGUCUGUUUGAGGUGAGAGCACAAGAGUAUCUGGAUGCACUGCCUGGAAGUGAACAGCGAGGAGUCAACAAAUUUCUCAAAGGCCUUGGAAACAAGAUGAAGUUUCUGUCAAAGAAGUAAACCUCAGAAUCUUGGAAAAGCAAGAUAAAAAUGUAAAUAAUUACAAAAUUUAAAUGGGUAAAAUGUCCAUAGAAUCAUGUUGAUAUACUACAAGUGAAUUUCGCUUAACCUUCUCAAAAUAAGUCACCAUUUCAUGUUUUAGAAUCCAUUUUUGUUUGCUUUUUAAACCUGUGAAGAAGAUAUACACCUGUGUAUAGUGUCUAAUACAUUCAAACUUUACAUUUUUUGUUUUUUCUUUCACAAAAUACUAUCACAACUUCUUCAAUGGGAGGCUUUUAAGUUAAUUUAUAUUCUUUUUAGUCAAAAUAAUCUUUUUUUUUUUUAAAUAAAUGCAAAUAAACCUCCCAUAGCUUGUAAUAGGCUUUAUUUAACAAAGUCUAGUUGUCUGGAAACCACUUUGGUUGUCAGAUUUGUAUACCACUGUUCCAUAUGUGAAUACAGCUCGCUUGAGUUUAAAAUAAUGUGUCUUAGAUAAUGCAGCCUGUGUAUUUGUAAAAGCAACUGUUC